AUGGAAGUUGAUAUCAAUUCUGGAUUAGAAUUUAACAGCGAGAAUCAAAUUCAGCCGUGUAAAAGUUUUGAAUCUGAACCAGAAACAACAACGACGACAACUGAAGAAUUUUCUAGUUCAAUUGAAAGACUAAGUACAGAUACACAACAAAAACCAAAAUCAGCAUCAAAAUCGAAAAGAGUUUCUGUUUUUAAGAAACAAUGGAUAAAAGAUCCAAAAUAUGCACGUUUUCUUCAAGAAUGUAAAACAAAUCCUCAUUUUUCACAUUGUUCAAUAUGUAAAUCAGAUUUUUCCAUUGCCAACGGAGGAACAUGUUUAAUUAAUCGUCAUAUUGAACAAAUAGGUCAUAAAUGUUUACUUGUACUUGAAGAUAAAGAAAAAUCUCGUUCAAUGCGCGAAUUUAUUACUCCAUCAACUUUAUUAACCAAAUUGACUGCUGCUGAAUUAAGUCUUAUAUAUCAUGGAGUACAUCAUAGCCACAGUUAUGUUAGUCAAUCAUGUGUCGUUGAUCCUGCGAAAAAUAUUUUUGAUGAAUCAGUUAUAGGACAGAAUAUCAGUUGCGGUAAAACUAAAGCACGAGAUUUGUCAAAUUAUUCAGCAAAUAAAAAAACUCUCUUUUUCUCGGGGUCUUUUGAUGGAUCUAAUGAAGGAAAUAUUAAAAUGUUUCCAUUUAUCAUCAAUUAUUUUACUAUUCAAUCAGGUAUAACACGAUCCGUGUUAGAAGUUAAUGAACAACCACGUGAGACAGCUGAUCAUAUUGUUAAAGCAUUAUAUGAUGCUUUACAAAAGAAAUGA